AAAGUAAUAUAUAUCUUUUAUUGUAAUGGAAACAACUUUAUCGGAUGAAUCCUUGAAUAUUAUCGGUAAAUCGAAGGCUAGUCAAUUUUUUGACUAUGUUAUUGGUCACAUAGAAGACAUUGUACUUGGAGAAGAUUUCAAGGCACUACAUAAUGAUUUUCUGGAGAAGUAUUGGCAUUGCAUUGAAAAUACUGAGGAAAACAAACUAGUAUAUAUGGAUAUAUUUCAAGAGUAUACCAAUACUUUUGAGACCUUCCUAAUUAAAGAACUCUGUGCUCGUAUGCCUGAUUUUAAUAUGAGCCAAUUUGCGGAGGAACUAGAGAAAAAUGAGGCAUUCGAUGAUGUUUUAAAUAGCGGCGAAAUUAUUGAACUUUUACACUCAUUCAAUAGCUUUGAGACUUUUAAGGAACUUAUGCUAGACUACCGCAGCGCAAAAGAAGGUCAAAUGGGGCACCUAGACUCAAAUAUCCUCAUCACAACUUCGUAUUCGACUACAAACCCGGCGAUACCCACUGUAACCGAAGACAAAUGUGAUAUAUAAAUUAUUUCGUAUUAAUAUUGAGUAGCCAUGUUAUAUGUUACAUAUGUAUAUAUUUUUCAGAAUUCGACUAAUUAAUAAAA